AUGAUGAUGGUGGUGGAAGUGGUGGUUGUGGUGGUGGUAGUGAUAAUGAUGAAGAUGGUGGUUUUGGUGGUAGUGGUGGUAGUGGUUGAAGAUGGUAAUACUGAUGAUGAUGAUGGUGGUAGUGGUUGUAUAGACGACAGGCGUCCGCUGAUCAGCCCCCGCCUCUCUGAUACCAGCAGACGAGUGGUGCUACACAGAGAGUAUGACAGGCUCGCCAAUUAUGCAAACGGCAUUUUCCAUGACCUCCCUCUCCGCGAGGUUCAAGUCAUCCACCGGUACCGGCCGACUGCUGGACCAACACACGAGCCCAAAUACCAGGGCUUCAGUCGACAUGUGGGGUCAAUACUCAAGUCCAAGGACUUCGUAGACUACUACAACCAGGAAGGUCUGCGAAACGCGUUAGAACAAGAAACCCAGCUUGACAGACGCUCCAAAACAGCAAAGAAAACUAGAUCGCCCGUACGGGGCGCACGUGUAAAGCAGACGACAAAAAGUGCCCGUGACGUCAGUAGGUCUCGUGACGUCACAGGGUCACGUCACACGACUUAUAGUACUAUAGAAGAUACUGUACCCCGAACGACGAGACAUGCCCUACCGCAAAAUCUGACGACCUGGGAGAGAGACCACAAGCAACUACCGCCGACGGCCCUGUAUCAGAGGGGCCUGCCGACGGGGAGCAUUGAUCGCCCUCCGUCCCCUAACUACAUCCCCCACCCCUCCAUCGACACCACCUCUUCAUACCCCCACAGCCAUGACCCAUACAGACCGCCUGACAUAGAAACACCUUCCUCACCCAAACUCCGCUUAAAGCGAUCUUUGUCAAUUUCGUCUAUAACUUCUUCGGUCAAAGUUUGCUUUGAUAGCGAAGAUAAGUCGGAUAAAGGAUUCACAGGAAGUACUCAGUCAAUUGAUAAAAAUAGCCCGGAAAUUAAUGACACUGGUGGACGCGACGUCAAAGAUGAUGCCAAGAUACCAAAUGACACAACUCCUUCAAAAGACGGGAAUGUCAAAAUAAGAAGUAGGUCAAAUAGUAUAGAGAUAAGAAAAGAAGAAACAAUACGUAACAACGAUCAGAGUUAUAAUGUCAAACAAAUAGUUGUCGUUUCUAGAAAUGAAAAGCAAGAACCGACCGCAAAAAAUGAAGAUACUCCAAAGCCAGAGGGGCAUUCAAUAUUGAAUGACACAUAUUCUACAGAUUUGGACCAACAUAACGGUGAUAUCUCGGAUUUAAAUUCCACCCAGAGAACUAUAACGCCGUCAUUUGACAAUCACUUAGAAGACACGUCUAAACAAGAAAAGGCAAAAGUUAAUGAAGUUAAAACUAAAGCUACAGAACCCACUUGUUCCACACCACAGUCGACCCCAAGGCCAGCAAAACUAGCCCCUCUUGAUCACACACCUGUGUCUAGUCCAAGAGAAGGAAGACGGACAACCAGAAGGAAACGGGGAUCUACUGGAAAGGACUCACCCACAACUGAUUCACCAAGACGAUCGAAAAAAUCUUCAAGAGAAAGCAAGGAACAACAAAACACAUCAGUGGAUUCUACUGGCAGUGCUUCUACUCCAAGGAAGCAGCUUGCACAAAGGAAGCUAGAAAAACAAAUAGCUAGUCGGAGUCCUCGAGUGAAUGACGAAAGUAGAAAAGCUCGAGUGAAUGACUCGAAAGUUUUCUAUGUUGUAGGAACCAAAGAAUCUAAAGGAAAAUGGGCAGCUAAGUCAGAGAUAGAAGAACAUGAUAAGCACGAAGAAUAUGACAAGUUAAGUCUACAGGAUAUUAAGUCGGCUGACACAGAAAAUGAAAAUGAUACUGACAGAAAUGUAACACAAGAAAAUGAAGUACCGAGACUUGAUCUAAGGACAGUAACGGACGUGACUGGGGAAACUGACGUCAAUAGGCAUGAGAACAAUAAUGUUAAUGAAAAACAUGAACACAUUAAUAACAAAGUUACAAGAACAGUCAAUAUGCAAGAAGAAAUGACAUUUACUCCUGCAGUAGAUCAAAAUAACUCAGCAGUUACAAAACGAGACAUUUGCAUUGAUACAACUGAACCAGACGAAAAGGCAAACGAAGUUAUCUAUGAAGAUGAUUUUGAGGAAGUAUCAGAUGAAGAAAAAUCAGUCCCUAAGGUGAAGGAGAAAGGCAUUUAUGAUGAAGAACCUAUCAGUCUAGACAAUGAAGUACGAAAGAAAACCUCAAAAAUAGAGACAGGUGUUGAACUACAAUCUGAUACAAACCGUGUAGUUGUAAAGAGCGCGGCCACAAGUGACAUAUACAAUGCUCGGGACAUGGAUGUGGUAAAUGUAAGCAAGGAAGAACUAGAGAUAAAAACACAGCAUCCAAAGGAAAGCCAAGGUCAGAGUAUAGGUACGGUAGUUAUAUCAAAUUCAACAAUCAAUACCCUUGUCAUUUCUAGCGACACUGCUCUGGAUCUAAGCAAGUUGAACACAAUGGGUGUAAAGUCAGAGGAGCCCUCUGAUGUAUAUCAAAGUGGGAAAACACAAGAAACAACUGAUGACUUGCCUACACCGGAUGUUGUCUCUGACCCAAAAAUUAUAGAUGACAUUCUCCCAGAACCAGACGUGCUGUCAGAGACUGACAAACCUUCUGAUGCUGCUAAAGUGAGGAAUGUAGUACAGCAAGGUACACUGAACGGUGAUGCAGUUAAUAGGCGCACCGGGAAGCUUGCACUUAUAGAUGAAAGGGUAAUAGAGCUCAUGUCAACGGAAAUGCAAACAAUUUGUGAGGGAUCUACACAGACUGAAAAUUCAGUGCAUGUACAGACAAUCUCUGAAGCACAAACACAAACAUUCACAUCUAAAGAAGAACACACAAACAAUGAACCAGAAGCAAUUGAAGGCAAAUCACUAAAUAAUGCAACAGUUAUUCUAGCGAAAACAGAUAGCGAACAUCUAUCUGAGCUGAUUCAUGGCAAAGUAACUGAACGUAUAGUUAGAGAAGACAAAGUACCAGCAACUAAAGCAACAGAAGACAAAGUACUUAAACUUGAAGUGACAGCAGACAAAGCAGCGCAACAUAAUGUAAUAGAAGACAAAGAAUCUGAACCUGAAUUGUCAGAAGACAAGGAAAUGGAACCUGAAACAACCAAGCAUAAAGUGUCUGAGCUUGAAGAACCAGCAGACAAAGUAUUGGAAUCUGAAGAGAAAAAAGAUAAAGCACCGGAACCAGAACCAACUGAAGACAAAGUACCACCAGAACAUGAACAGACAGAUGACAAAAAAUCGGAACAUGAAGUCACAGAAUGCAAAGAAAAGGAACCUGAAGUAACGGAAGACAACGUAUCCAAUCCCGAAGUGACAGAAGACAAGGCAAUGGAAUCCGAAGUACCUGAAGACAAAGUGGUUACACUUGAAGUCACAGAGGACAAAGUAUCGGAACUUGAAGUGACAGAAGACAAAGUAUCCGAGCCUAAAGUAACAGAUGACAAAGUGCCGGAACAUGAAGCGACAGAAUAUAAAGUACCGGAACCAGAAACAACAGAAGACCAAGUACGAGAACAUGAAAUGACAGAAGACAAGUUACCGGAACAGGAAGUAACGGAAGACAAAGCAGCGGAACCUGAAGCGACCGAGGAUAAAGUGCAUGCAUUUGAAGCAACAGAACACAAAGUAUCGGAACCCGAAGUGAAAGAAGAAAAUGUUACAGGAACUGAAACAAUAAAAACUCAAGUGCAUGAAAAAUCAGAAGACAAAGUAUUCGAACCUGAAAUUUCAGAAGAAAAGGAAACGGAAUCUGAAGGAACCGAAUUCAAAGAGCCUGAACUUGAAGUAACGGAAGACACAGUGUCGGAACCUGAAGUAAUAGAAGACAAAGUGUCUGAAACUGAAGUUAUAGUAGACAAAAUCUCGAGACCUGAAGAAACAGAAGAUACAGCACCGGAACCAGAAAUAACAGAAGACAAAGUUACAGAACCAGAAGCAAUAGAAGAUAAAGUGCAAGAACCUGAUAUGACAAAGAAUAAAACACCAGAACAUGAAGUGACAGUAGACAAAGAACCGACAAGUGAAGUAACAGGAGGUAUAGAAGAUGCACCUCAAGUUACAAAAGACAAAGUAAUGAAACCUGAAGUACCAGAAGGAAAGGUACAAGGCAAAGAGACAAAAGACAAGGUACCGGACUCUGAAAUGACAGAAUGCAAUGUUACUGUACAUGCAGCAACAGACGACAAAGUUACAGAACCUGAAACUACAGACCAAGAAGUACCGGAACAAGAAGUGACAGAAGACAAAGCAGCAAAACCUAAAAUGACAGAAGACAAAGUUCCUGAACCUGAAGUAACAGAAAACAAACCUACUGAACCCGAAGAAACGGCGGACAAAGCACCUGUAUCUGAAGCAACAGACGACAAAAUAACGAAAACUGAAAUAACAUACGAAAAUGUUCCGGAACAAGAAGUUAAGGAAGACAUGGACACAGAGCUAAAAGUGACAGAUGACCAAGUACCACAAGACGAAUUUCCAGAAUCUGAGGUGAAAGAAAAUAAAGUAUCGGAAACUGAAGUGACAGAUGACAAGAUACAUGAAACUAAAACGACAGAAGAUAAGAUACCAGAAACAGUAGUGACAGAAGACAAGGUACAUAUAGCUGUUGUGACGGAAGACAAGGUACCGGAAACUGAAGUGACAGAAGAUAAGGUACCGGAAACUGAAAUGCCAGAAGACAAGGCAUCUGAAACGAAAGUGACAGAAGACAAGAUACCUGUAACUGAAGUGACAGAAGACAAGGUACCUGAAACUGAAGUGACAGAAGACAAGGUACCUGAAACUGGAGUGACAGUAGCCAAGGUACCUGAAACUGUUGUGACGGAAGACAAGGUACUAGAAACAGAAGUGACAGGAGACAAGAUACCUGAAACUGAAGUUACACAAGACCAGGUGCCUGAAACUGAAUCGAUAAAAGACAAGAAAACUAAAAUUGAAUUGACAGAAGACAAAGUACCUGAAACAGAAGUGACAGAAGCCAAGGAACCUGAAACUAAAGUGACAGAAGAGAAUGUACCGGAAUCUGAACUGACAGAAGAGAAUGUACCGGAAACUGUUGUGACAACAGACAAUGUACCUGAAACUGAAGUUACAGAAGAUAAGGUACCUGAAACUGAAGUGAAAGAAGAUAAGGUACAUGAAACUGAAGUGACAGAAGACAAGAAAACUGAAAUUAAAGUGACGGAAGAAAAGGUACCUGAAACUGAGGUAACAGAAGCCAAGCUUCCUGAAACUGUUGUGACGGAAGACAAGGUACGGAAAACUGCAGUGACAGAAGACAAGAUGCCUGAAAGUGAAAUAACAGAAGAUAAGGUACCGGAAACUGAAGUGACAGAAGACAAGGUACCUGAAACUGAAGUGACAGAAGACAAAAUACCUGAAACUGAAGUGACAGAACACCAGGUACCUGAAACUGAAGUGACAGAAGACAAGAUACCUGAAACUGAAGUGACAGGAGACAACAAAACUAAAAUUGAAUUAAGAGAAGACAAGAUACAUGAAACUGAAGUGACAAAAGACCAGGUGCCUGAAACUGAAUCGACAGAAGACAAGAAAACUGAAAUUGAAUUGACAGAAGACAAGGUACCUGAAACAGAAGUGACAGAAGCCAAGGAAACUGAAAUUGAGGUGACAGAAGAGAAUAAACCUGAAACUGAAGUUACAGAAGCCAAGCUACCUGAAACUUUUGUGACAGAAGACAAGGUACGGAAAACUGAAGUGACAGAAGAAAAGGUACUGGAAACUAAAGUUACAGAAGACAAGAUAUCUGAAACUGAAGUGACGGAAGAUUUGGUACCUGAAACUGAAGUGACAGAAGACAAAGUACCGGAAUUUGAAGUGACAAAAGACAAGGUACCUGAAACUGAAGUGACAGAAGAUAAGGUAUCGGAAACUGAAAUGCCAGAACACAUGAUACCUGAAACUGAAUUCACAGAAGACAAGGUACCGGAAACUGAAGUGACAGAAGAUAAAAUACCGGAGACUGAAGUGACAGAAGACAAAGUACCGGAAACUGAAGUGACAGAAGACAAGUUACCUGAGACUGAAGUGACAGUAGAUACGGUACCGGAAACUGAAGUGACAGUAGACAAGGUAGCUGAAACUGUUAUGACGGAAAACAAGGUACCAGAAAAGGAAGUUACAGGAGACAAGAUGGCUGAAACUGUUGUGACGGAAGACAAGGUACAGGAAACUGAAGUAACAGAAGACAAGGUACCAGAAACUGAAGUGACAGAAGAUAUGGUAUCGGAAACUGAAGUGACAAAAGACAAGAUACCUGAAACUGAAGUGAUAGAAGACAAGAUACCUGAAACUGAAGUGACAGAUGACAAGGUACCGGAAACUGAAGUAACAGAAGACAAGGUACCGGAAACUGAAGUGACAGAAGAUAAAAUACCGGAGACUGAAGUGACAGAAGACAAAGUACCGGAAACUGAAGAGACAGAAGACAAAGUACCGGAAACUAAAGUGAAAGAAGAUACGGUACCGGAAACUGAAGUGAAAGAAGACAAGGUAGCUGAAACUGUUAUGACGGAAGACAAAGUUCCAGCAAAGGAAGUGACAGGAGUCCAGAUAGCUAAAACUGUUGUGACGGAACAGAGGGUAUCGGAAACUGAAGUAACAGAAGGUAAAGUACCGGAAACUGAAGUGACGGAAGACAAGAUACCUGAAAAUGAAGUGACAGAAGACCAGGUACCUGAAACUGAAGUGACAGAAGACAAGAUGCCUGAAAGUGAAGUUACAAAAGACAAGAUACCUGAAACUGAAGUGACAGAAGAACAGGUGCUAAAAACUGAAGCGACAGAAGACAAGAAAACUGAAAUUGAAGUGACAGACGAUAAGGUACCUGAAACUGGAGUGACAGAAGCCAAGGUACUUGAAACUGUUGUGACGGAAGACAAGGUACCAGAAACGGAAGUGACAGGAGACAAGAUACCUGAAACUGAAGUAACACAAGAGAAUGUACCAGAAACUGAAGUGACAGAAGACAAGGUACCCCCAACUGAUGUGACAGAAUAUAAGGUACCGGAAACUGAAGUAACAGAAGAUAAGUUACCGGAAUCUGAAGUGACGGAAGACAGGGUACCAGAUACUGAAGUGACAGAAGAUAAGGUACCUGAAACUGAAGCGCCAGAAGACAUGAUACCUGAAACUGAAGUGACAGAAGACAAGAUAUCUGAAACUGAAGUCACAGAAGAUUUGGUACCUGAAACUGAAGUGACGGAAGAAAAGAUACCUGAAACUGAAGUGACAGAAGACAAGAUGCCUGAAAGUGAAGUGACAGAAGACAAGGUACCUGAAAGUGAAGUUACAGAAGACAAGAUGCCUGAAAGUGUAGUGACAGAAGACAAGGUACCUGAAAGUGAAGUUACAGAAGACAAGAUGCCAAAAAGUGAAGUUACAGAAGACAAGGUACCUGAAACUGUUGUGACGGCAGACAAGGUCUCAGAAACCGAAGUGACAGAAGACAAGGUACCUGAAAGUGAAGUUACAGAAGACAAGAUGCCUGAAAGUGUAGUGACAGAAGACAAGGUACCUGAAAGUGAAGUUACAGAAGACAAGAUGCCAAAAAGUGAAGUUACAGAAGACAAGGUACCUGAAACUGUUGUGACGGCAGACAAGGUCUCAGAAACCGAAGUGACAGGAGACAAGAUACCAGAAACUAAAUAUACACAAGAGAAUGUGCCAAAAUCUGAAGUGACAGAAGACACGGUAACCGCAACUGAAGUGACAGAAGAUAAGGUACCGGAAACUGAAGUAACAGAAGAUAAGUUACCGGAAUCUGAAGUGAAGGAAGACAAGGUACUGGAAACUGAAGUGACAGAAGACAAGGUACAUGAAACUGAAGCGCCAGAAGACAUGAUACCUGAAACUAAAAUGACAGAAGAUAAGAUACCUGAAACUGAAGUGACAGAACACAAGAUGCCUGACAGUGAAGUAACAGAAGACAAGGUACCGGAAACUGAGGUUACAGAAGACAAGGUACCUGAAACUGAAGUGACAGAAGACAAGGCACCUGAAACUAAAGUGACAGGAGAAAAGGUACCGGAAACUGAAGUGACGGAAGACAAGGUACAAGAAACUGAAGUGACAGAAGUAAAGGUACUAGAAACUGAAGUGACAGAAGACAAGGUACCUCCAACUGAUGUGACAGAAGACAAGGUAACUGAAACUGAAGUGACAAAAAACAAGAUACCUAAAACUGAAGUGACAGAAGACAAGGAGCCUGAAACUGAAGUGACAGUAGACAAGAUACCUGAAACUGAAGUGACAGAAGACAAGGUAACUGAAACUGAAGAGACAGAAGAUUUGGUACCUGAAACUGAAGUGACAGAAGAAAAGAUACCUGAAAAUGAAGUGACAGAAGACAAGAUGCCUGAUAGUGAAUUGACAGAAGACAAUGUACCGGAAACUGAAGUUACAGAAGACAAGGUACCUGAAACUGAAGUGACAAGAGAUAAGGUACCGGAAACUGAAGUGACGGAAGACCAGGUGCCUGAAACUGAAUCGACAGAAGACAAGAAAACUGAAAUUGAAUUGACAGAAGACAAGGUACCUGAAAUUGAAGUGACAGAAGACAAGAUGCCUGAAAGUGAAGUGACAGAAGAUAAGGUACCUGAAAGUGAAGCUACAGAAGACAAGAUGCCUGAAAGUGAAGUGACAGAAGAAAAGGUACCGGAAACUGAAGUGACAGAAUACAAGAUAUCUGAAACUGAAGUGAUAGAAGAACAGGUGCCAAAAAGUGAAGUUGCAGAAGACAAGGUACCUGAAACUGUUGUGACGGAAGACAAGGUAUCAGAAACGGAAGUGACAGGAGACAAGAUACCAGAAACUGAAUGUUCACAAGAGAAUGUGCCAAAAUCUGAAGUGACAGAAGACAAGGUAACCGCAACUGAAGUGACAGAAGAUAAGGUACCGGAAACUGAAGUAACAGAAGAUAAGUUACCGGAAUCUGAAGUGACGGAAGACAAGGUACUGGAAACUGAAGUGACAGAAGACAAGGUACAUGAAACUGAAGCGCCAGAAGACAUGAUACCUGAAACUGAAAUGACAGAAGAUAAGAUACCUGAAACUGAAGUGACAGAAGACAAGAUGCCUGACAGUGAAGUAACAGAAGACAAGGUACCGAAAACUGAAGUUACAGAAGACAAGGUACCUGAAACUGAAGUGACAGAAGACAAGGCACCUGAAACUAAAGUGACAGGAGAAAAGGUACCGGAAACUGAAGUGACGGAAGACAAGGUACAAGAAACUGAAGUGACAGAAGUAAAGGUACCAGAAACUAAAGUGACAGUAGACAAGGUACCUGAAACUGAAGUGACAGAAGACAAGAUAACUGAAACUGAAGUGACAAAAGACAAGAUACCUAAAACUGAAGUGACAGAAGACAAGGUGCCUGAAACUGAAGUGACAGCAGACAAGGUACCUGAAACUAUUGUGACGGAAGACAAGGUACCGGAAACUGAAGUGACGGAAGAUAAGGUUACGAAAACUGAAUUGACAGAAGACAAGAUAGCUGAAACUGAAGUGACGGAAGAUAAGGAACCUGAAACUGAAGUGACAGAAGACAAGGUACCUGAAACUGAAGUGACAAAAGACAAGAUACCUGAAAUUGAAGUGACAGAAAAAAAGGUACUGGAAACUGAAGUGUCAGAAGACAAGAUACCUGAAACUGAAGUGAGAGAAGACAAGUUUCCUGAAACUGAAGUGACAGACUACAAGGUAGCUGAAACCGUCGUGACGGGAGACAAAGUACCGGAAACUGAAGUGACAGAAGAUAAAGCACCGGAAACUGAAGUGCCGGAAGACAUGAUACCUGAAACUGAAGUGACAGAAGACCAGGUGCCUGAAAUUGAAGUGAGAGAAGACAAAAUGCCUGAAAGUGAAGUGACAGAAGAUAAGGUACCGGAAACUGAAGUGACAGAAAACAAGAUACUUGAAACUGAAGUGACAGAAGACAAAGUACCGGAAAAAGAAAUGACAGAAGACAAGGUAAUUGAAACUGAAGUGACAGAAGACAAGGUGCCUGAAACUGAAGUGAUGGGAGAUAAGGUACUUGAAACCGAAGUGUCAGAAGACAAGAUACAUGAAGCUGAAAUGACAAAAGACAAGGUGCCUGAAACUGAAGUGACGGAAGACAAGUUACCUGAAACUGUUGUGAAAGAAGACAAGUUACUUGAAACUGUAGUGACAGAAGACAAGAUUCUGGAAAUUGAUGAGACAGAACUCAAGUUACCGGAAGAGAAGGUUACGGAAAGGAAAGAGACAAAAGACAAAUUAACGGAAACUGAAUUGACAGAGGACAAAUUGUCGGACACUGAAAUGAUAGUGGUCAAGGUAUCGGAAACUGAAGUGACAAAAGACAAAGUACUGGUCCCUGAAGUUGUAGUAGAGAUGGUACUGGAAUCUGAAGUAACCGAAGACAAUGUACCGGAAACUAAAGUAAGAGUGGACAAGGUACUGGAUACUGAAGUGACAGAAAACAAAGUAACGGACACUGAAAUGAUGGAAGACGAAAUUUCGAAAACUAAAUUGACAGAAGACAAAUUACCGGAAACCGAGGCGACAGAAGACAAAGUUCUUGAACCUGAAGCACCAAAAGACAAAGUGAGAGCAGACAAGUUGACUGACCGUGAAACAGAAGAAAAAUCACCUGAAAAGAUAGAAUACAAGGUACCGGAAAAUAAAUUUUUAGAAGACAAGCUUACGGUUACUGAAGUGAUUAAAUACAAAGAACCGGAACCCGAAGUGGCAAAAGAAAACUUCCCGGAACAUGUAGAUACGGAAGACAAGGAACCGGAAACGGAAUUAGCAGAAAACAAAAUACCGGAACCUGAACUGACAGAAUACAAAUUACCAGAAACAAAAGUAACAGUAGACAAAUUACAAGAAGCAGAAGUAGCUGAAGACAAAGUUACAGCACCUGAACUGUCGAACAACAAGGUAACAGCACUUCAUGAAACGAUAGACAGAAUUAAAAAAUCUGAACUGUUAGAAGACAAGGUAACUGAACAAGAAGUCACAGAAAACAAAGUACUGGAACCAGAUUUUACAGGUACCAAAAUUUCUGAGCCAGAAGUAACGGAAAACAAUGUUUCCGAUCCUGAAAGGGCAGAAGAAAAAGUAAGUGAACCUUCGGUUACAAAAGACAAAGAACCAGAAGCAGAAGUUACAGAAUACAAUGAGCCUGAGGAAGCAGAAGUCAAGGUACAAGAACCUGAUUUGACAAACGAAGAGGUACCGGAGCCUAAAGUAACAGAAUUCAAUGUAUCAAAAGCGGAAGUAAUGGAAUACAAAGUAUCGAAACCAGAAAUGAAAGAAGACAAAGUAUCAGAACCUAAAGAAACAAAAGAGAAAGUGCCUGAACCUGAUUUGACAGAAAACAAAGAACCAAAGCUAGCAGAAGUCAAGGUACAAGAACCUGAUUUGACUAACGAAAAAGUACUGGAGCCGAAAGUAACAGAUUACAAUGUAUCAGAAGCGGAAGUAUUGGAAGACAAGGUACCGAAACCCAAAAUAAAGGAAGACAAGGUAUCAGAACCUAAAGAAACAAAAGAGAACGUGCCUGAGCCUGAAAUAGCAGAAGACAAUAUACCGAAACCCGAGAUUUCAGAAAAAAAAGAUGUUGACAUACUAAGAAGGAAAGCACAAGAACGUGAAAAAUCUCAAAAAGUUGUAAAUGUAUCUGAAAUAUCAAACUAUAAUGAAACAGAUGAAAAAGAACAAUCGAAUACCAAUAUUGUUUUAUUUGGGCCAGCUUGUGAACCAGUAGAAGCAAUUUCAUUCGAGUCACUGCAUCAAGAUAUAUUUCCAAAUGAUACUCCAAUAGGUUAUUCCCACUAUGAAAGACAAACUCGUCAACCAUUAAACGAUACGCUGUUUAUACCUAUAAAUAUUACAUCACAUACCGAUACCGACGAAAUAUUACCUGGGGACAAAGGCAUUGAGAUCAAUAAAGAUAAGGGUACAGAACCCGUGAAAAUAGCAGAUAAACGCGAGACCGUGGUCAUUGAGACAACUGAAGACAAGGAGCAGGACAUCGGGGUCACUAAGACCACGGAAGACAAGGAACCAGAGGCCGAGGUAUCUGAGAUCACUGAAGGUAAGAAACCAGAGGCCGAAUCUAGUGAAGAAAAAGAAUCAAAGGCAUUGGUAGUGUUAUCUGAAAACAUGCAACUAGAGACCGAGGCCGCUGAAAUCACUGAUCACAUGGACUCAGAGGUAAAUGUCACUCAGAUAAAUGAGUUCCUAGAAGACAAGAAACCAAAGGCCGCGGUUACUGAGAUGACUGAAGAUAAGGAACCAGAAUUUGAUGUCACUGAAGAUAAGCAAUCAGAGGCCGAGGUCAAUGACGACAAAAAACCAGACGCCGAGGUCACUGAGAUCAUUGAGGAUAAGGUAACCGAGACAAACGUUAAUGGAAUCACUGAAGACAAAGAACAAGAGACAAAGGUAACUGAGAUUACUGAAGACAAGGAACCGGAGGCCAAGGUAACUGAGAUUACUAAAGACAAGGAACCGGAAGCCGAGGUAAGUGAGAUCAUUGAGAACAAAGACAAAAAGGCCAAGGACACUGACAUCACUGAAGACAAGGCACGAGAGCACGAACAGAAUGAGAUCCCUGAAGACAAUGAACAACAGGCUAAGGUCACUGAGCUCACUGAAGACAGGGAACCAGAGGCAAAGGUCACUGAGAUCACUAAAGAAAUAAAAUCAGAGUCUGAGGACAUUGAGGACAAGAAACAAAAGUCCGUGGUCACUGAAGACAGGGAACCAAAAGUUGAGGCCAAUGAGAUCACUCAAGAAUGGAAACAUGAGGCCGAAGUCACUGACAUUUGUGAAGACAAACAACAAGAGACCGAGACUACUGAAGCCAAAGAAGCAGAGGUCGAUGUCACUGAGAUCAUUGAGGACAAGGAACAAGACGUCAAGGUAACAGAGAUCUCUGAAGAUCAAGAACAAGAGGAAGAAAUGACUGAGACUUUUAAAGACAAUGGGCAAGAGGCGAAGGUUACUGAGAUUAUUAAAGACAAAGAUUUGGAGGUCAAUAUCACUAGGAAAACACAACAAGUGGCCAAGGCGAUUCACAUCACUGAAGACAAGGAAUCAGAUGCCGAGUUCACUGAAGACAAGGAACCAAAUGCAGAGGCCGCUGAAGACAAUAAACCAGAAGCCGAAGUCACUAAGACCCCUGACGACGAGGAUCAAGAGGCCAAGUUCACUGAGAUCAGUAAAGACAAAGAACAAGAGGCCGAUAAUACUGAAGACAAGGAUCCAGAGGUCGAGGUAAGUGAGGUCAAUGAGGACAAGGAACAGGAAGCCACUGAGAUCAGUGAAAACAAAACACAAGAGGUCGAGACUAUUGAAGACAGGGAAUCAGAGGCACAUAUCACUGAUAUCACUGAGGACAAGAACCAGGAAGACAAACUCACUGAGAUCACUGAGAAUGCAGAAACAGAUUCCGAAUUCAGUGUGGUCAAUAAAGACAAGGAAAAAGAAGCGAAGAUCACUGACAUCACUGAAGACCAAAAACGAGAUGCAAUACCCAUGUUCAACGAAAAAACUAAAGAUCAGGAAGCAGAGAACAUGGUCACUGAAGACAAGGAACAAGAGACCGAGGUCAUAGAGAUCAGAAAGGACAAUGAACAAUAUGCCAAGGUCACUGAGAUUAGUAAAGAAAAUAAACAAGAGACCUUGGGUCCUGAAUACAAGGAAGGAGAUGCCAAGGUCAUUGUAAACACCGAGGACAAGAAACCAGAGGCCAAGGUCAUUGAGACCACUGACGACGAGGAACAAAAGGCAAAUGAUGGUGCAAUCACGUAUGACAAGGAACAAGAGGCCGAGAUUAUUGAAGAGAAAGAACCAGAGGCCACUGAGGACAAAACACAAGAGGCCAAGGUCACAGAGAUUUUUGAAGACAAAGAACAAGAGGCCGAGAGUACUGAAGAUAUUAAACCAGAGGCCGAGGUAAAUGAGAUCACUGAUGUCAAGGAACAAAAAGCAAAGCUCACUGAGGUCACUGGAGAACAACAUCAAGAGGGCAAACUGACUGAAAUUCCUGAAGACAAAGGACACGAGGGGAAGGUAACUGAGAAUACUGAAUACAAGGAAUCAGAGCCCGAGGUUAUUGAGGACAAAGAACAUGAGGCCGAGGACACUGACAUCACUGAACACAAGGAACCAGAGGCCGAUGUUACUGAAGACAAGCAACCAGAGGCCGACUUGACUAAGUUCACUGAGGACAAGUCACAGGAGACCAAGGUAACUGAUAGCACUACCGUAAAGGAAAUAGAAGCCGAGGUGACUGAUAUAACUGAAGAUAUGAAAGCAGAGGCCAAAGACACUAAGAUCACAGAAGGCAAGGAACCAAAACACGAGGUCAUUGAGAUCACUGAGGAAAAGGAACAAGAGGCAAAUGACAUCAAUAUUACUGAUGAUAACAAAUUAGAAGAGGUGAUUGAAGAGAAGGAACCAAAGGCCACUGAGGACAAGGAACAAGAGGCCAAGGUCACUGAAAUCCCUGAUGACAAGGAACAAGAGGUCAAGGUGACUGAGCUCACUGAAGAUCAAGAUCAAGAGGGCGAACUGUCUGAAAUUCCCGAAGAAAAUGAACACGAGGCGAAAGUGACUGAGAUCAGUGAAGAUACACAACAAGAGGCCGAGGCUAAUGAAGACAAGGAACCAGAUGCCGAGGGAACUGAAAUCCCUGAUGACAAGGACCAAGAGGUCAAGGUCACUGAGAUCACUGAAUACCAAGAUCAAGAUCGCGAACUGACUGAAAUUCCCGAAGCAAAUGAACAUGUGGGGAAGGUGACUGAGAUCAGUGAAGACACACAACAAGAGGCCGAGGCUAAUGAAGACAAGGAACAAGAGGUCAAGGUCACUGAGAUCACUGAAGACCAAGAUCAAGAGGGCGAACUGACUGAAAGUCCCAAAGAAAAAAAACACGAGGCGAAGGUGACUGAUGUCACUGAAUACAAGAAAUCAGAGACCGAAGUUACUGAGGACAAGAAACAAGAGGUCAAUGAUACUAACAUCACUGAAGACAAGAACCAAGAGGCCGUGGACACUGAAGACAAGCAACCAGAGGCCGAGUUGUCUAAGAUCACAGAGGACAAGGAACAAGGGGCCAUGGUCACUGAGUUUAGUGAAGACAGACCACAAGAAGCCGAGGCUAAUGAAGAUAAGGAACCAGAGGCCGAGGUAACUGAGAUCACUGAGGACAAGGAAGAAGAGGCCAAGCUCUCUGAAAUCAAUGAAGAUACGGAAUCAGAGGUGACUGAGACUACUGAGGACACACAGCAAGGGGCUGAGACUACUGAAAAAAAGGAACCAGAUGCCGAGGUUACUGGGAUCACAAACUACAAUGGACAAGAGGCCAAUGUCUCUGAGAUCAAUGAAGACAAGCAAUCAGAGGCCGGGGUGACUGAGAUAACUGAAGACAUGGAAGCGAAAGUCGGUGAGAUCACGGAAGACCAAUAUCAAGAGGGCGAACUGACCCAAAUUCAUGAAGACAAAGGACACGAGGGGAAGGUAACUGAUAUCACUGAAUACAAGGAAUCAGAGCCCGAGGUUACUGAGGACAAAGAAUAUGAGGCCGAGGUCACUGACAUCACUGAACACAAGGAACCAGAGGCCGAGGUUACUGAAGACAAGGAACCAGAAGCCGAGUUGACUAAGAUCGCUGAGGACAAGGAACAAGAGACCAAGGCCACUGAUAACACUCAAGAAAAGGAAUUAGAAGCCGAGGUGACUGCUAUAACUGAAGAUAUAAAAGCAGAGGCCAAAGUCACCGAGAUCACAGAAGGCAAGGAAUCAGAAUACAAGAUAAUUGAGAUCACUGAGGAAAAGGAACAAGAGGCAAAUGAUAUCGAUAUCACUGAUGAUAACAAAUUACAAGAAGAGGUCAUUGAAGAGAAGGAAUCAGAGGCAACUGAGGACAACAAACACGAGGCCAAGGUCACUGAAAUCAAUGGAGGCAAACAACAAGAGGCCAAAGCUAAUGAAGACAAGAACCCAGAGGCCGAGGUAACUGAAAUCCCUGCUCACAAGGGACAUGAGGUCAAGGUCACUGAGAUCAUUGAAGACCAAGAUCAAGAGAGCGAACCGAUUGAAAUUCCCGAAGAAAAUGAACACGAGGCGAAGGUGACUGAGAUUAGUGAAGACACACAACAAGAGGCCGAGACUAACGAAGACAAGAACUUAGACUCCGAGGUGACUGAGAUCACUGAGGACAAGGAACAAGAGGCCAAGAUCACAGAAAUUAGUGAAGGCACACACCAAGAGGCCGAGGCUAAUGAAGACAAGGACCCAGAGGCCGUAGUAACUGAAAUGCCUGAUGACAAGGAACAUGAGGUCAAGGUCAAUGAGAUCACUGAAGACCAAGAUCAAGAGGGCGAACUGACUGAAAUUCCCGAAGAAAAUGAACACGAGGCAAAAGUGACUGAGAUCAGUGAAGACACACAACAAGAGGCCGAGGCUAAUGAAGACAAAGAACCAGAGGCCGAGGUAUUUGAGAUCAUUGAGGAUAUCGAACAAGAGGCCAUGGUAACUGAAAUGAGUGAAGGCUCAAACCAAGAGGCCGAGGCUAAUGAAGACAGGGAACCAGAGACCGAGGAAACUAAAAUCCCUGAUGACAAGGAACAUGAGGGCAAGGUCAUUGAGAUCACUGAAGACCAAGAUCAAGAGAGCGAACAGACUGAAAUUCCCGAAAUAAAUAAACAAGAGGCUAAGGUCACAAAAUUCAGUGAAUGCACACAACAAGAAGCCGAGGCUUAUGAAGACAAGGAACCAGAGGCCGAGGUAACUGAAAUCCCUGAUGACAAGGAACAUGAGGUCAAGGUCACUGAGAUCACUGAAGACCAAGAUCAAGAGAGCGAACCGACUGAAAUUCCCGAAGAAAAUAAACACGAGGCGAAGGUGACUGAAAUCAGUGAAGACACACAACAAGAGGCCGAGGCUAAUGAAGACAAGGAACCAGGGGCCAAUGAAACUAAAAUCCCUGAUAACAUGGAACAUGAGGUCAAGGUCAUUGAGAUCACUGAAGACCAAGAUCAAGAAAGCGAACCGACUAAAAUUCCCAAAGAAAAAAAACAAGAGGCCAAGGUCACAAAAAUCAGUGAAGGCGCACACCAAGAGGCCGACAAUAAUAAAGACAAGGAACCAGAGGCUGAGGAAACUGAGAUCACGGAGGACAAGGAAGAAGAGGCCAACCUUUCGGAGAUCAAUGUUCAUAAGGAAUUAGAGGCCGGGGUGACUGAGACUACUGAGGACACACAACAAGAGGCCGACACCGCUGACGAAAAAGAACCAGAGGCCGAGGUUACUGAGAUCACUGACUACAAUAAACAAGAGGCCAAUAUCUCUGAGAUAAAUGAAGAUAAGGAAUCAGAGGUCGGGGUGACUGAGAUAACUGAAAACAUGGAAGCCAAAGUCAGUGAGAUCACGGAAGACCAAUAUCAUGAGGGCGAACUGACUCAAAUUUAUGAAGACAAAGAACACGAGGGGAAGGUAACUGACAUCACUGAAUAUAAGGAAUCAGAGCCCGAGGUAACUGAGGACAAAGAACAUGAAGCCAAGGUCACUGACAUCACUGAACACAAGGAACCAGAGGCCGACGUUACUGAAGACAAGGAACCAGAAGCCGAGUUAUGUAAAAUGAUUGAGGACAAGGAACAUGAGACCAAGGUCACUGAUAGCACUCAAGAAAAGGAAUUAGAUGCCGAGGUGACUGAUAUAACUGAAGAUAUAAAAGCAGAGGCCAAAGUCACCGAUAUCACAGAAGGCAAGGAACCAGAACAAGAGGUCAUUGAGAUCAAUGAGGAAAAGGAACAAGAGGCAAAUGACAUCGAUAUCACUGAUGAUAACAAAUUAGAAGAAGAGGUCAUUGAAGAGAAGGAAUCAGAGGCCAUUAAGGACAAGGAACAAGAGGCCAAGGUCACUGAAAUCAAUGAAGGUAUACAACAAGAGGCCGAGGCUAAUGAAGCCAAGGAAUCUAAGGCCGAGGUAACUGAAAUCCCUGAUGUAAAGGAACAUGAGGUCAAGGUCACUGAGAUCUCUGAAGACCAAGAUCAAAGGGGCAAACUAGCUGAAAUUCCCGAAGAAAAUGAACACGAGGCGAGGGGGACUGAGAUCAGUGAAGACACACAGCAAGAGGCCGAGACUAAUGAAGACAAGAAAUUAGAGUCCGAGGUGACUGAGAUCAUUGAGGACAAGGAACAAGAGGGCAAGGUCACAGAAAUCAGUGAAGGCACACACCAAGAGGCCGAGGCUAAUGAAGACAAGGAACACGAUGCCGAGGUUACUGAAAUUCCUGAUAACAAGCAACAAGAGGUCAAGUUCACUGAAAACCAAGAUCAAGAGACGGAACUGACUGAAAUUCCCCAUAAAAAAGAACACGAGGCGAAGGUGACCGAUAUCAUUGAAUACAAGGAAUCAGACCCCGAGGUUACUGAGGACAAAGAACAUGAAGCCGAGGUCACUGACAUCACUGAACACAAGGAACCAGAGGCCGAAGUUACUGAAGACAAGGAACCAGAAGCCGAGUUGACUAAAAUCACUGAGGACAAGGAACAAGAGACCAAGGUCACUGAUAGCACUCAAGAAAAGGAAUUAGAAGCCGAGGUGACUGAUAUAACUGAAGAUAUAAAAGCAGAGGCCAAAGUCACCGAGAUCACAGAAGGCAAGGAACCAGAACAAGAGGUCAUUGAGAUCACUGAGGAAAGGGAACAAGAGGUAAAUGACAUCGAUAUUACUGAUGAUAAGAAAUUACAAGAAGAGGUCAAUGAAGAGAAUGAAUCAGAGGCCACUGAGGACAAGGAACAAGAGGCCAAGGUCACUGAAAUCAAUGAAGGUAUACAACAAGAGGCCGAGGCUUAUAGAGACAAGGAACCUGAGGCCGAGGUAACUGAAAUCCCUGAUGACAAGGAACAUGAGGUCAAGGUCACUGAGAUCUCUGAAGACCAAAAUCAAGAGGGCAAACUUACUGAAAUUCCCGAAGAAAAUGAACAUGAGGCGAGGGUGACUGAGAUCAGUGAAGACACAAAGCAAGAGGCCGAGACUUAUGAAGACAAGAAAUUAGAGUCCGAGGUGACUGAGAUCACUGAGGACAAGGAACAAGAGGCCAAGGUCACAGAAAUCAGUGAAGGCACACACCAAGAGGCCGGCGCUAAUGAAAACAAGGAACACGAUACCGAGGUUACUGAAAUUCCUGAUAACAAGCAACAAGAGGUCAAGGUCACUGAGGUCACUGAAAACCAAGAUCAAGAGACCGAACUGACUGAAAUUCCCCAUGAAAAAGAACACGAGGCGAAGGUGACUGAUAUCAUUGAAUACAAGGAAUCAGAGACCGAGGUUACUGAGGACAAGAAACAAGAGGUCAAGGACACCGACAUCACUGAAGACAAGAACCAAGAGGCCGUGGUUAAUGAAGACAAGCAACCAGAGGCCGAGUUGUCUAAGAUCACUGAUGACAAGGAACAAGAGGCCAUGGUCACUGAGAUCAGUGAAGACAGACCACAAGAGGCCGAGGCUAAUGAAGAUAAGGAACCAGAGGCCGAGGUAAGUGAGGUCACCGAGGACAAUGAAGAAGAGGCCAACCUUUCGGAGAUCAAUGAAGAUAAGGAAUUAGAGGCCGGGGUGAAUGAGACUAGUGAAGACACACAGCAAGAGGCCGACACCGCUGACGAAAAAGAACCAGAGGCCGAGGUUACUGAGAUCACUGACUACAAUAAACAAGAGGCCAAUAUCUCUGAGAUCAAUAAAGACAAAGAAUCAGAGGUCGGGGUGACUGAGAUAAUUGAAAACAUGGAAGCCAAAGUCAGUGAGAUCACGGAAGACCAAUAUCAAGAGGGCGAACUGACUCAAAUUCAUGAAGAAAAAGGACACGAGGGGAAGGUAACUGAUAUCACUGAAUACAAGGAAUCAGAGCCCGAGGUUACUGAGGACAAAGAACAUGAAGCCGAGGUCACUGACAUCACUGAACACAAGGAACCAGAGGCCGAGGUUACUGAAGACAAGGAACCAGAAGCCGAGUUGACUAAAAUCACUGAGGACAAGGAACAAGAGACCAAGGUCACUGAUAGCACUCAAGAAAAAGAAUUAGAAGCCGAGGUGUCUGAUAUACCUGAAAAUAUAAAAGCAGAGGCCAAAGUCAACGAGAUCACAGAAGGCAAGGAACCAGAACAAGAGGUCAUUGAGAUAACUGAGGAAAAGGAACAAGAGGCAAAUGAAAUCGAUAUCACUGAUGAUAACAAAUUAGAAGAAGAGGUCAUUGAAGAGAAGGAAUCAGAGGCCAUUAAGGACAAGGAACAAGAGGCCAAGGUCACUGAAAUCAAUGAAGGUAUACAACAAGAGGCCGAGGCUAAUGAAGCCAAGGAAUCUAAGGCCGAGGUAACUGAAAUCCCUGAUGUAAAGGAACAUGAGGUCAAGGUCACUGAGAUCUCUGAAGACCAAGAUCAAAGGGGCAAAAUAGCUGAAAUUCCUGAGGAGGCGAGGGGGACUGAGAUAAGUGAAGACACACAGCAAGAGGCCGAGACUAAUGAAGACAAGAAAUUAGAGUCCGAGGUGACUGAGAUCAUUGAGGACAAGGAACAAGAGGGCAAGGUCACAGAAAUCAGUGAAGGCACACACCAAGAGGCCGAGGCUAAUGAAGACAAGGAACACGAUGCCGAGGUUACUGAAAUUCCUGAUAACAAGCAACAAGAGGUCAAGUUCACUGAAAACCAAGAUCAAGAGACCGAACUGACUGAAAUUCCCCAUGAAAAAGAACACGAGGCGAAGGUGACCGAUAUCAUUGAAUACAAGGAAUCAGACCCCGAGGUUACUGAGGACAAAGAACAUGAAGCCGAGGUCACUGACAUCACUGAACACAAGGAACCAGAGGCCGAAGUUACUGAAGACAAGGAACCAGAAGCCGAGUUGACUAAAAUCACUGAGGACAAGGAACAAGAGACCAAGGUCACUGAUAGCACUCAAGAAAAGGAAUUAGAAGCCGAGGUGACUGAUAUAACUGAAGAUAUAAAAGCAGAGGCCAAAGUCACCGAGAUCACAGAAGGCAAGGAACCAGAACACGAGGUCAUUCAGAUCACUGAGGAAAACGAACAAGAGGCAAAUGACAUCGAUAUUACUGAUGAUAAGAAAUUACAAGAAGAGGUCAAUGAAGAGAAUGAAUCAGAGGCCACUGAGGACAAGGAACAAGAGGCCAAGGUCACUGAAAUCAAUGAAGGUAUACAACAAGAGGCCGAGGCUUAUAGAGACAAGGAACCAGAGGCCGAGGUAACUGAAAUCCCUGAUGACAAGGAACAUGAGGUCAAGGUCACUGAGAUCUCUGAAGACCAAGAUCAAGAGGGCAAACUUACUGAAAUUCCCGAAGAAAAUGAACACGAGGCGAGGCUGACUGAGAUCAGUGAAGACACACAGCAAGAGGCCGAGACUAAUGAAGACAAGAAAUUAGAGUCCGAGGUGACUGAGAUCACUGAGAACAUGGAACAAGAGGCCAAGGUCACAGAAAUCAGUGAAGGCACACACCAAGAGGCCGGCGCUAAUGAAAACAAGGAACACGAUACCGAGGUUACUGAAAUUCCUGAUAACAAGCAACAAGAGGUCAAGUUCACUGAGGUCACUGAAAACCAAGAUCAAGAGACCGAACUGACUGAAAUUCCCCAUGAAAAAGAACACGAGGCGAAGGUGACUGAUAUCAUUGAAUACAAGGAAUCAGAGACCGAGGUUACUGAGGACAAGAAACAAGAGGUCAAGGACACCGACAUCACUGAAGACAAGAACCAAGAGGCCGUGGUUAAUGAAGACAAGCAACCAGAGGCCGAGUUGUCUAAGAUCACUGAUGACAAGGAACAAGAGGCCAUGGUCACUGAGAUCAGUGAAGACAGACCACAAGAGGCCGAGGCUAAUGAAGAUAAGGAACCAGAGGCCGAGGUAAGUGAGGUCACCGAGGACAAUGAAGAAGAGGCCAACCUUUCGGAGAUCAAUGAAGAUAAGGAAUUAGAGGCCGGGGUGAAUGAGACUAGUGAAGACACACAGCAAGAGGCCGACACCGCUGACGAAAAAGAACCAGAUGCCGAGGUUACUGAGAUCACUGACUACAAUAAACAAGAGGCCAAUAUCUCUGAGAUCAAUAAAGACAAAGAAUCAGAGGUCGGGGUGACUGAGAUAACUGAAAACAUGGAAGCCAAAGUCAGUGAGAUCACGGAAGACCAAUAUCAAGAGGGCGAACUGACUCAAAUUCAUGAAGAAAAAGGACACGAGGGGAAGGUAACUGAUAUCACUGAAUACAAGGAAUCAGAGCCCGAGGUUACUGAGGACAAAGAACAUGAAGCCGAGGUCACUGACAUCACUGAACACAAGGAACCAGAGGCCGAGGUUACUGAAGACAAGAAACCAGAAGCCGAGUUGACUAAAAUCACUGAGGACAAGGAACAAGAGACCAAGGUCACUGAUAGCACUCAAGAAAAAGAAUUAGAAGCCGAGGUGUCUGAUAUACCUGAAAAUAUAAAAGCAGAGGCCAAAGUCAACGAGAUCACAGAAGGCAAGGAACCAGAACACGAGGUCAUUGAGAUAACUGAGGAAAAGGAACAAGAGGCAAAUGAAAUCGAUAUCACUGAUGAUAAGACAUUAGAAGAAGAGGUCAUUGAAAAGAAGGAAUCAGAGGCCACUGAGGACAAGGAACAAGAGGCCAAGGUCACUGAAGUCGAUGAAGGCAUACAACAAGAGGCCGAGGCUAAUGAAGACAAGGAACCUGAGGCCGAAGUAACUGAAAUCCCUUAUGACAAGGAACAUGAGGUUAAGGUCACUGAGAUCACUGCAGACCAAGAUCAAGAGGGCGAACUGACUGAAAUUCCUGAAGAAAAUAAACACGAGGCGAAGGUGACUGAGAUCAGUAAAGACACACAACAAGAGGCCAAGACUACUGAAGACAAGAAAUUAGACAUCGAGGCGACUGAGAUCACUGAGCACAAGAAACAAGAGGCCAUGGUCACAGAAAUCAGUGAAGGCACAAACCAAGAAGCCGAGGCUAUUGAAGACAAGGAACCAGAGGCCGAGGUAACUGAAAUCCCUGAUGACAAGGAACAUGAGGUCAAGGUCACUGAGAUCACUAAAGACCAAGAUCAAGAGAGCGAACCGACUGAAAUUCCCGAAGAAAAUGAACACGAGGCGAAGGUGAAAGAAAUUAGUGAAGACACACAGCAAGAGGCCGAGACUAAUGAAGACAAGAAAUUAGAGUCCGAGGUGACUGAGAUCACUGAGGACAAGAAACAAGAGGCCAAGGUCACAGAAAUCAGUGAAGGAACACACCAAGAGGCCGAGGCUAAUGAAGAAAAGGUACAAGAGGCCGAGGCAAAUGAAGACAAGGAACAAGAGGCCGAGGUUUCUGAAAAUCCUGAUAACAAGAAACAAGAGAUCACUGACUACAAUAAACAAGAGGCCAAUAUCUCUAAGAUCAAUGAAGAUAAGGAAUCAGAGGUCGUGGUGACUGAGAUAACUGAAAACAUGGAAGCCAAAGUCAGUGAGAUCACGGAAGACCAAUAUCAAGAGGGCGAACUGACUCAAAUUCAUGAAGACAAAGGACACGAGGGGAAGGUGACUGACAUCACUGAAUACAAGGAAUCAGAGCCCGAGGUUACUGAGGACAAAGAACAUGAAGCCGAUGUCACUGACAUCACUGAACACAAGGAACCAGAGGCCGAGGUUACUGAAGACAAGGAACCAGAAGCCGAGUUGACUAAAAUCACUGAGGACAAGGAACAAGAGACCAAGGUGUCUGAUAGCACUCAAGAAAAGGAAUUAGAAGCCGAGGUGACUGAUAUAACUGAAGAUAUAAAAGCAGAGGCCAAAGUCACCGAUAUCACAGAAGGCAAGGAACCAGAACACGAGGUCAUUGAGAUAACUGAGGAAAAGGAACAAGAGGCAAAUGACCUCGAUAUCACUGAUGAUAACAAAUUACAAGAAGAGGUCAUUGAAGGGAAGGAAUCAGAGGCCAUUAAGGACAAGAACCAAGAGGCCAAGGUCACUGAAAUCAAUGAAGGUAUACAACAAGAGGCCGAGGCUAAUGAAGACAAGGAACUUGAGGCCGAGGUAACUGAAAUCCCUGAUGAUAAGGAACAUGAGGUCAAGGUCACUGAGAUCUUUGAAGACCAAGAUCAAGAGGGCAAACUGACUGAAAUUCCCGAAGAAAAUGAACACGAGGCGAGGGUGACUGAGAUCAGUGAAGACACACAGCAAGAGGCCGAGACUAAUGAAGACAAAAAAUUAGAGUCCGAGAUGACUGAGAUCACUGAGGACAAGGAACAAGAGGCCAAGGUCACAGAAAUCAGUGAAGGCACACACCAAGAGGCCUGCGCUAAUGAAGACAAGGAACACGAUGCCGAGGUUACUGAAAUUCCUGAUAACAAGCAACAAGAGGUCAAGGUCACUGAGGUCACUGAAAACCAAGAUCAAAAUACCGAACUGACUGAAAUUCCCCCAGAAACAGAACACGAGGCGAAGGUGACUGAUAUCAUUGAAUACGAGGAAUCAGAGACCGAGGUUACUGAGGACAAGAAACAAGAGGUCAAGGACACAUACAUCAUUGAAGACAUGAACCAAGAGGCCGUGGUUAAUGAAGACAAGCAACCAGAGGCCGAGUUGUCUAAGAUCACUAAGGACAAGGAACAAGAGGCCAUGGUCACUGAGAUCAGUGAAGACAGAUCACAAGAGGCCGAGGCUAGUGAAGAUAAGGAACCAGAGGCCGAGGUAACUGAGAUCACCGAGGACAAGGAAGAAGAGGCCAACCUUUCGGAGAUCAAUGAAGAUAAGGAAUCAGAGGCCGGGGUGACUGAGACUACUGAGGACACACAACAAGUGGCCGACACCGCUGUCGAAAAAGAACCAGAGGCCGAGGUUACUGAGAUCACUGACUACAAUAAACAAGAGGCCAAUAUCUCUGAGAUCAAUAAAGACAAAGAAUCAGAGGUCGGGGUGACUGAGAUAACUGAAAACAUGGAAGCCAAAGUCAGUGAGAUCACGGAAGACCAAUAUCAAGAGGGCGAACUGACUCAAAUUCAUGAAGAAAAAGGACACGAGGGGAAGGUAACUGAUAUCACUGAAUACAAGGAAUCAGAGCCCGAGGUUACUGAGGACAAAGAACAUGAAGCCGAGGUCACUGACAUCACUGAACACAAGGAACCAGAGGCCGAGGUUACUGAAGACAAGGAACCAGAAGCCGAGUUGACUAAAAUCACUGAGGACAAGGAACAAGAGACCAAGGUCACUGAUAGCACUCAAGAAAAAGAAUUAGAAGCCGAGGUGUCUGAUAUACCUGAAAAUAUAAAAGCAGAGGCCAAAGUCAACGAGAUCACAGAAGGCAAGGAACCAGAACAAGAGGUCAUUGAGAUAACUGAGGAAAAGGAACAAGAGGCAAAUGAAAUCGAUAUCACUGAUGAUAAGACAUUAGAAGAAGAGGUCAUUGAAAAGAAGGAAUCAGAGGCCACUGAGGACAAGGAACAAGAGGCCAAGGUCACUGAAGUCGAUGAAGGCAUACAACAAGAGGCCGAGGCUAAUGAAGACAAGGAACCUGAGGCCGAAGUAACUGAAAUCCCUUAUGACAAGGAACAUGAGGUUAAGGUCACUGAGAUCACUGAAGACCAAGAUCAAGAGGGCGAACUGACUGAAAUUCCCGAAGAAAAUAAACACGAGGCGAAGGUGACUGAGAUCAGUAAAGACACACAACAAGAGGCCAAGACUACUGAAGACAAGAAAUUAGACAUCGAGGCGACUGAGAUCACUGAGCACAAGAAACAAGAGGCCAUGGUCACAGAAAUCAGUGAAGGCACAAACCAAGAAGCCGAGGCUAUUGAAGACAAGGAACCAGAGGCCGAGGUAACUGAAAUCCCUGAUGACAAGGAACAUGAGGUCAAGGUCACUGAGAUCACUAAAGACCAAGAUCAAGAGAGCGAACCGACUGAAAUUCCCGAAGAAAAUGAACACGAGGCGAAGGUGAAAGAAAUUAGUGAAGACACACAGCAAGAGGCCGAGACUAAUGAAGACAAGAAAUUAGAGUCCGAGGUGACUGAGAUCACUGAGGACAAGAAACAAGAGGCCAAGGUCACAGAAAUCAGUGAAGGAACACACCAAGAGGCCGAGGCUAAUGAAGAAAAGGUACAAGAGGCCGAGGCAAAUGAAGACAAGGAACAAGAGGCCGAGGUUUCUGAAAAUCCUGAUAACAAGAAACAAGAGGUCAAGGCCACUGAGGUCACUGAAACUCAAGACCAAGAGACCGAACUGACUGAAAUUCCCGAAGAAAAAGAACACGAGGUGAAGGUGACCGAUAUCAUUGAAUACAAGGAAUCAGAGACCGAGGUUACUGAGGACAAGAAACAAGAGGUCAAGGACACAGACAUCACUGAAGACAAGAACCAAGAAGCCGUGGUUAAUGAAGACAAGCAACCAGAGGCCGAUUUUACUAAGGUCACUGAGGACAAGGAACAAGAGGCCAUGGUCACUGAGAUCAAUGAAGACAGACCACAAGAGGCCGAGGCUAGUGAAGAUAAGGAACCAGAGGCCGAGGUAACUGAGAUCACCGAGGACAAGGAAGAAGAGGCCAACCUUUCGGAGAUCAAUGAAGAUAAAGAAUCAGAGGCCGGGGUGACUGAGACUACUGAGGACACACAACAAGAGGCCGACACCGCUGACGAAAAAGAACCAGAGGCCGAGGUUACUGAGAUCACUGACUACAAUAAACAAGAGGCCAAUAUCUCUAAGAUCAAUGAAGAUAAGGAAUCAGAGGUCGUGGUGACUGAGAUAACUGAAAACAAGGAAGCCAAAGUCAGUGAGAUCACGGAAGACCAAUAUCAAGAGGGCGAACUGACUCAAAUUCAUGAAGACAAAGGACACGAGGGGAAGGUGACUGACAUCACUGAAUACAAGGAAUCAGAGCCCGAGGUUACUGAGGACAAAGAACAUGAAGCCGAUGUCACUGACAUCACUGAACACAAGGAACCAGAGGCCGAGGUUACUGAAGACAAGGAACCAGAAGCCGAGUUGACUAAAAUCACUGAGGACAAGGAACAAGAGACCAAGGUGUCUGAUAGCACUCAAGAAAAGGAAUUAGAAGCCGAGGUGACUGAUAUAACUGAAGAUAUAAAAGCAGAGGCCAAAGUCACCGAUAUCACAGAAGGCAAGGAACCAGAACACGAGGUCAUUGAGAUAACUGAGGAAAAGGAACAAGAGGCAAAUGACAUCGAUAUCACUGAUGAUAACAAAUUACAAGAAGAGGUCAUUGAAGGGAAGGAAUCAGAGGCCAUUAAGGACAAGAACCAAGAGGCCAAGGUCACUGAAAUCAAUGAAGGUAUACAACAAGAGGCCGAGGCUAAUGAAGACAAGGAACUUGAGGCCGAGGUAACUGAAAUCCCUGAUGAUAAGGAACAUGAGGUCAAGGUCACUGAGAUCUUUGAAGACCAAGAUCAAGAGGGCAAACUGACUGAAAUUCCCGAAGAAAAUGAACACGAGGCGAGGGUGACUGAGAUCAGUGAAGACACACAGCAAGAGGCCGAGACUAAUGAAGACAAAAAAUUAGAGUCCGAGAUGACUGAGAUCACUGAGGACAAGGAACAAGAGGCCAAGGUCACAGAAAUCAGUGAAGGCACACACCAAGAGGCCUGCGCUAAUGAAGACAAGGAACACGAUGCCGAGGUUACUGAAAUUCCUGAUAACAAGCAACAAGAGGUCAAGGUCACUGAGGUCACUGAAAACCAAGAUCAAAAUACCGAACUGACUGAAAUUCCCCCAGAAACAGAACACGAGGCGAAGGUGACUGAUAUCAUUGAAUACAAGGAAUCAGAGACCGAGGUUACUGAGGACAAGAAACAAGAGGUCAAGGACACAUACAUCAUUGAAGACAUGAACCAAGAGGCCGUGGUUAAUGAAGACAAGCAACCAGAGGCCGAGUUGUCUAAGAUCACUAAGGACAAGGAACAAGAGGCCAUGGUCACUGAGAUCAGUGAAGACAGAUCACAAGAGGCCGAGGCUAGUGAAGAUAAGGAACCAGAGGCCGAGGUAACUGAGAUCACCGAGGACAAGGAAGAAGAGGCCAACCUUUCGGAGAUCAAUGAAGAUAAGGAAUCAGAGGCCGGGGUGACUGAGACUACUGAGGACACACAACAAGUGGCCGACACCGCUGUCGAAAAAGAACCAGAGGCCGAGGUUACUGAGAUCACUGACUACAAUAAACAAGAGGCCAAUAUCUCUGAGAUCAAUAAAGACAAAGAAUCAGAGGUCGGGGUGACUGAGAUAACUGAAAACAUGGAAGCCAAAGUCAGUGAGAUCACGGAAGACCAAUAUCAAGAGGGCGAACUGACUCAAAUUCAUGAAGAAAAAGGACACGAGGGGAAGGUAACUGAUAUCACUGAAUACAAGGAAUCAGAGCCCGAGGUUACUGAGGACAAAGAACAUGAAGCCGAGGUCACUGACAUCACUGAACACAAGGAACCAGAGGCCGAGGUUACUGAAGACAAGGAACCAGAAGCCGAGUUGACUAAAAUCACUGAGGACAAGGAACAAGAGACCAAGGUCACUGAUAGCACUCAAGAAAAAGAAUUAGAAGCCGAGGUGUCUGAUAUACCUGAAAAUAUAAAAGCAGAGGCCAAAGUCAACGAGAUCACAGAAGGCAAGGAACCAGAACAAGAGGUCAUUGAGAUAACUGAGGAAAAGGAACAAGAGGCAAAUGAAAUCGAUAUCACUGAUGAUAAGACAUUAGAAGAAGAGGUCAUUGAAAAGAAGGAAUCAGAGGCCACUGAGGACAAGGAACAAGAGGCCAAGGUCACUGAAGUCGAUGAAGGCAUACAACAAGAGGCCGAGGCUAAUGAAGACAAGGAACCUGAGGCCGAAGUAACUGAAAUCCCUUAUGACAAGGAACAUGAGGUUAAGAUCACUGAGAUCACUGAAGACCAAGAUCAAGAGGGCGAACUGACUGAAAUUCCCGAAGAAAAUAAACACGAGGCGAAGGUGACUGAGAUCAGUAAAGACACACAACAAGAGGCCAAGACUACUGAAGACAAGAAAUUAGACAUCGAGGCGACUGAGAUCACUGAGCACAAGAAACAAGAGGCCAUGGUCACAGAAAUCAGUGAAGGCACAAACCAAGAAGCCGAGGCUAUUGAAGACAAGGAACCAGAGGCCGAGGUAACUGAAAUCCCUGAUGACAAGGAACAUGAGGUCAAGGUCACUGAGAUCACUAAAGACCAAGAUCAAGAGAGCGAACCGACUGAAAUUCCCGAAGAAAAUGAACACGAGGCGAAGGUGAAAGAAAUUAGUGAAGACACACAGCAAGAGGCCGAGACUAAUGAAGACAAGAAAUUAGAGUCCGAGGUGACUGAGAUCACUGAGGACAAGAAACAAGAGGCCAAGGUCACAGAAAUCAGUGAAGGAACACACCAAGAGGCCGAGGCUAAUGAAGAAAAGGUACAAGAGGCCGAGUCUAAUGAAGACAAGGAACAAGAGGCCGAGGUUACUGAAAAUCCUGAUAACAAGAAACAAGAGGUCAAGGCCACUGAGGUCACUGAAACUCAAGACCAAGAGACCGAACUGACUGAAAUUCCCGAAGAAAAAGAACACGAGGUGAAGGUGACCGAUAUCAUUGAAUACAAGGAAUCAGAGACCGAGGUUACUGAGGACAAGAAACAAGAGGUCAAGGACACAGACAUCACUGAAGACAAGAACCAAGAAGCCGUGGUUAAUGAAGACAAGCAACCAGAGGCCGAUAUUACUAAGGUCACUGAGGACAAGGAACAAGAGGCCAUGGUCACUGAGAUCAAUGAAGACAGACCACAAGAGGCCGAGGCUAGUGAAGAUAAGGAACCAGAGGCCGAGGUAACUGAGAUCACCGAGGACAAGGAAGAAGAGGCCAACCUUUCGGAGAUCAAUGAAGAUAAAGAAUCAGAGGCCGGGGUGACUGAGACUACUGAGGACACACAACAAGAGGCCGACACCGCUGACGAAAAAGAACCAGAGGCCGAGGUUACUGAGAUCACUGACUACAAUAAACAAGAGGCCAAUAUCUCUAAGAUCAAUGAAGAUAAGGAAUCAGAGGUCGUGGUGACUGAGAUAACUGAAAACAUGGAAGCCAAAGUCAGUGAGAUCACGGAAGACCAAUAUCAAGAGGGCGAACUGACUCAAAUUCAUGAAGACAAAGGACACGAUGGGAAGGUGACUGACAUCACUGAAUACAAGGAAUCAGAGCCCGAGGUUACUGAGGACAAAGAACAUGAAGCCGAGGUCACUGACAUCACUGAACACAAGGAACCAGAGGCCGAGGUUACUGAAGACAAGGAACCAGAAGCCGAGUUGACUAAAAUCACUGAGGACAAGGAACAAGAGACCAAGGUGUCUGAUAGCACUCAAGAAAAGGAAUUAGAAGCCGAGGUGACUGAUAUAACUGAAGAUAUAAAAGCAGAGGCCAAAGUCACCGAUAUCACAGAAGGCAAGGAACCAGAACACGAGGUCAUUGAGAUAACUGAGGAAAAGGAACAAGAGGCGAAUGACAUCGAUAUCACUGAUGAUAACAAAUUACAAGAAGAGGUCAUUGAAGGGAAGGAAUCAGAGGCCAUUAAGGACAAGAACCAAGAGGCCAAGGUCACUGAAAUCAAUGAAGGUAUACAACAAGAGGCCGAGGCUAAUGAAGACAAGGAACUUGAGGCCGAGGUAACUGAAAUCCCUGAUGAUAAGGAACAUGAGGUCAAGGUCACUGAGAUCUUUGAAGACCAAGAUCAAGAGGGCAAACUGACUGAAAUUCCCGAAGAAAAUGAACACGAGGCGAGGGUGACUGAGAUCAGUGAAGACACACAGCAAGAGGCCGAGACUAAUGAAGACAAAAAAUUAGAGUCCGAGAUGACUGAGAUCACUGAGGACCAGGAACAAGAGGCCAAGGUCACAGAAAUCAGUGAAGGCACACACCAAGAGGCCGGCACUAAUGAAGACAAGGAACAAGAGGCCGAGGUUACUGAAAUUCCUGAUAACAAGCAACAAGAGGUCAAGGUCACUGAUGUCACUGAAAACCAAGAUCAAGAGACCGAACUGACUGUAAUUCCCCCAGAAAAAGAACACGAGGCGAAGGUGACUGAUAUCAUCGAAUACAAGGAAUCAGAGACCGAGGUUAUUGAGGACAAGAAACAAGAGGUCAAGGACACAGACAUCACUGAAAACAAGAACCAAGAGGCCGAGGUUAAUGAAGACAAGCAACAAGAGGCCGAGUUGUCUAAGAUCACUAAGGGCAAAGAACAAGAGGCCAAGGUCACAGAAAUCAGUGAAUGCACACACCAAGAGGCCGAGGCUAAUGAAGACAAGGAACACUAUGCCGAGGUCACUGAAAUUCCUGAUAACAAGCAACAAGAGGUCAAGGUCACUGAGGUCACUGAAAACCAAGAUCAAGAGACCGAACUGACUGAAAUUCCCCCAGAAAAAGAACACGAGGCGAAGGUGACUGAUAUCAUUGAAUACAAGGAAUCAGAGACCGAGGUUACUGAGGACAAGAAACAAGAGGUCAAGGACACAUACAUCACUGAAGACAAGAACCAAGAGGUCGUGGUUAAUGAAGACAAGCAACCAGAGACCGAGUUGUCUAAGAUCACUGAGGACAAGGAACAAGAGGCCGUGGUCACUGAGAUCAGUGAAGACAGACCACAAGAGGCCGAGGCUAGUGAAGAUAAGGAACCAGAGGCCGAGGUAAAUGAGAUCACCGAGAACAAGGAAGAAGAGGCCAACCUUUCGGAGAUCAAUGAAGAUAAGGAAUCAGAGGCAGGGGUGACUGAGACUACUGAGGACACACAACAAGUGGCCUACACCGCUGUCGAAAAAGAACCAGAGGCCGAGGUUACUGAGAUCACUGACUACAAUAAACAAGAGGCCAAUAUCUCUGAGAUCAAUGAAGAUAAGGAAUCAGAGGCCGGGGUGACUGAGACUACUGAGGACACACAACAAGUGGCCGACACCGCUGUCGAAAAAGAACCAGAGGCCGAGGUUACUGAGAUCACUGACUACAAUAAACAAGAGGCCAAUAUCUCUGAGAUCAAUGAAGACAAGGAAUCAGAGGUUAGGGUGACUGAGAUAACUGAAAACAUGGAAGCCAAAGUCAGUGAGAUCACGGAAGACCAAUAUCAAGAGGGCGAACUGACUCAAAUUCAUGAAGACAAAGGACACAAGGGGGAGGUAACUGACAUCACUGAAUACAAGGAAUCAGAGACCGAGGUUACUGAGGACAAAGAACAUGAAGCCGAGGUCACUGACAUCACUAAACACAAGGAACCAGAGGCCGAGGUUACUGAAGACAAGGAACCAGAAGCCGAGUUGACUAAAAUCACUGAGGACAAGGAACAAGAGACCAAUGUCACUGAUAGCACUCAAAAAAAGGAAUUAGAAGCCGAGGUGACUGAUAUAACUGAAGAUAUAAAAGCAGAGGCCAAAGUCACCGAUAUCACAGAAGGCAAGGAACCAGAACACGAGGUCAUUGAGAUAACUGUGGAAAAGGAACAAGAGGCAAAUGACAUCGAUAUUACUGAUAAUAAGAAAUUAGAAGAAGAGGUCAUUGAAGAGAAGGAAUCAGAGGCCAUUGAGGACAAGGAACAAGAGGCCAAGGUCACUGAAAUCAAUAAAGGCAUACAACAAGAGGCCGAGGCUAAUAAAGACAAGGAACCUGAGACCGAGGUAACUGAAAUCCCUGAUGACAAGAAACAUGAGAUCAAGGUCACUGAGAUAUCUGAAGACCAAGAUCAAGAGACGAAACUGACUGAAAUUCCCGAAGAAAAUGAUCACGAGGCGAGGCUGACUGAGAUCAGUGAAGACACACAGCAAGAGGCCGAGACUAAUGAAGACAAGAAAUUAGAGUCCGAGGUGACUGAGAUCAAUGAGGACAAGGAACAAGGGGCCAAGGUCACAGAAAUCAGUGAAGGCACACACCAAGAGGCCUGCGCUAAUGAAGACAAGGAACAAGAUGCCGAGGUUACUGAAAUUCCUGAUAACAAGCAACAAGAGGUCAAGGUCACUGAGGUCGCUGAAAACCAAGAUCAAGAGGGCAAACUGACUGAAAUUCCCGAAGAAAAUGAACACGAGGCGAGGGUGACUGAUAUCAUUGAAUACAAGGAAUCAGAGACCGAGGUUACUGAGGACAAGAAACAAGAGGUCAAGGACACCGACAUCACUGAAGACAAGAACCAAGAGGCCGUGGUUAUUGAAGACAAGCAACCAGAGGCCGAGUUGUCUAAGAUCACUGAGGACAAGGAACAAGAGGCCAUGGUCACUGAGAUCAGUGAAGACAGACCACAAGAGGCCGGGGCUAGUGAAGAUAAGGAACCAGAGGCCGAGGUAACUGAGAUCACCGAGGACAAGGAAGAAGAGGCCAACCUUUCGGAGAUCAAUGAAGAUAAGGAAUCAGAGGCCGGGUUGACUGAGACUACUGAGGACACACAACAAAUGGCCGACACCGCUGUCGAAAAAGAACCAGAGGCCGAGGUUACUGAGAUCACUGACUACAAUAAACAAGAGGCCAAUAUCUCUGAGAUUAUUUUUGACAAGGAAUCAGAGGUCAGGGUGACUGAGAUAACUAAAAACAUGGAAGCCAAAGUCAGUGAGAUCACGGAAGACCAAUAUCAAGAGGGCGAACUGACUCAAAUUCAUGAAGACAAAGGACACGAGGGGGAGGUAACUGAUAUCACUGAAAACAAGGAAUCAGAGCCCGAGGUUACUGAGGACAAAGAACAUGAAGCCGAAGUCACUGACAUAACUGAACACAAGGAACCAGAGGCCAAGGUUACUGAAGAGAAGGAACCAGAAGCCGAGUUGACUGAAAUCACUGAGGACAAGGAACAAGAGACCAAGGUCACUGAUAGCACUCAAGAAAAGGAAUUAGAAGCCGAGGUCACUGACAUCACUGAACACAAGGAACCAGAGGCCGAGGUUACUCAAGACAAGGAACCAGAAGCCGAGUUGACUAAAAUCACUGAGGACAAGGAACAAGAGACCAAGGUCACUGAUAACAUUCAAGAAAAGGAAUUAGAAGCCGAGGUGACUGAUAUACCUGAAGAUAUAAAAGCAGAGGCCAAAGUCACCGAGAUCACAGAAGGCAAGGAACCAGAACACGAGGUCAUUGAGAUCACUGAGGAAAAGGAACAAGAGGCAAAUGACAUCGAUAUUACUGAUAAUAAGAAAUUAGAAGAAGAGGUCAUUAAAGAGAAGGAAUCAGAGGCCACUGAGGACAAGGAACAAGAGGCCAAGGUCACUGAAAUCAAUGAAGGCAUACAACAAGAGGCCGAGGCUUAUAAAGACAAGGAACCUGAGGCCGAGGUAACUGAAAUCCCUGAUGACAAGAAACAUGAGGUCAAGGUCACUGAGAUCUCUGAAGACCAAGAUCAAGAGGGCAAACUGACUGAAAUUCCCGAAGAAAAUGAACACGAGGCGAGGGUGACUGAUAUCAGUGAAGACACACAGCAAGAGGCCGAGACUAAUGAAGACAAGAAAUUAGAGUCCGAGGUGACUGAGAUCACUGAGGACAAGGAACAAGGGGCCAAGGUCACAGAAAUCAGUGAAGGCACACACCAAGAGGCCUGCGCUAAUGAAGACAAGAAAAAAGAUGCCGAGGUUACUGAAAUUCCUGAUAACAAGCAACAAGAGGUCAAGGUCACUGAGGUCACUGAAAACCAAGAUCAAGAGACCGAACUGACUGAAAUUCCCCCAGAAAAAGAACACGAGGCGAAGAUGACUGAUAUCAUUGAAUACAAGGAAUCAGAGACCGAGGUUACUGAGGACAAGAAACAAGAGGUCAAGGACACCGACAUCACUGAAGACAAGAACCAAGAGACCGUGGUUAAUGAAGACAAGCAACCAGAGGCCGAGUUGUCUAAGAUCACUGAGGACAAGGAACAAGAGGCCAUGGUCACUGAGAUCAGUGAAGACAGACCACAAGAGGCCGAGGAUAAUGAAGAUAAGGAACCAGAGGCCGAGGUAAGUGAGGUCACCGAGGACAAUGAAGAAGAUGCCAACCUUUCGGAGAUCAAUGAAGAUAAGGAAUCAGAGGCUGGGGUGCCUGAGACUACUGAGGACACACAACAAGAGGCCGACACCGCUGACGAAAAAGAACCAGAGGCCGAGGUUACUGAGAUCUCUGACUACAAUAAACAAGAGGCCAAUAUCUCUGAGAUCAAUAAAGACAAGGAAUCAGAGGUCGGGGUGACUGAGAUAACUGAAAACAUGGAAGCCAAAGUCAGUGAGAUCACGGAAGACCAAUAUCAAGAGGGCGAACUGACUCAAAUUCAUGAAGACAAAGGACACGAGGGGAAGGUUACUGAUAUCACUGAAUACAAGGAAUCAGAACCCGAGGUUACUGAGGACAAAGAAAAUGAAGCCGAGGUGACUGACAUCACUGAACACAAGGAACCAGAGGCCGAAGUUACUGAAGACAAGGAACCAGAAGCCGAGUUGACUAAAAUCACUGAGGACAAGGAACAAGAGAUCAAGGUCACUGAUAGCACUCAAGAAAAGGAAUUAGAAGCCGAGGUGACUGAUAUAACUGAAGAUGUAAAAGCAGAGGCCAAAGUCACCGAGAUCACAGAAGGCAAGGAACCAGAACAAGAGGGCAUUGAGAUAACUGAGGAAAAGGAACAAGAGGCAAAUGACAUCAAUAUCACUGAUGAUAAGACAUUAGAAAAAGAGGGCAUUGAAGAGAAGGAAUCAGAGGCCAUUAAGGACAAGGAACAAGAGGCCAAGGUCACUGAAAUCAAUGAAGGUAUACAACAAGAGGCCGAGGCCGAGGUAACUGAAAUCCCUGAUGACAAGGAACAUGAGGUCAAAGUCACUGAGAUCUCUGAAGACCAAGUUCAAGAGGGCAAACUGACUGAAAUUCCCGAAGAAAAUGAACACGAGGCGAGGGUGACUGAGAUCAGUGAAGACACACAGCAAGAGGCCGAGACUAAUGAAGACAAAAAAUUAGAGGCCGAGGUGACUGAGACCACUAAGGACAAGGAACAAGAGGCCAAGGUCACAGAAAUCAGUGAAGGCACACACCAAGAGGCCGAGGCUUAUGAAAAAAAGGAACAAGAGGUGGAGGUAACUGAAAUCCCUGAUCACAUGCAACAAGUGGUCAAGGUCACAAAAAUUACUAAAAACAAAGAUCAAGAAAGCGAACUGACUGAAAUUCCCGAAGAAAAAGAACACGAGGCGAAGGUGACUGAUAUCAUUGAAUACAAGGAAUCAGAGACCGAGGUUACUGAGGACAAGAAACAAGAGGUCAAGGAUACUGAGAUCAGUGAAGACAAGAACCAUGAGGCCGUGAUAACUGAAGAUAAGCAACCAGAGGCCGAUUUAACUAAAAUCAUUAAGGACAAGGAACAAAAGGCCAAGGUCACUGAGGUGAGUGAAGACACACAACAAAAGGCCGAGGCUAAUGAAGACAAGGAACCAGAAGCCGAUGUAUUUGAGAUCACUGAGGAUAAGGAACAAGUGGCCGAAGUAACUGAGAUGAGUGAAGGCUCAAAACAAGAGGCCGAGGCUCAUAAAGACAAGGAACAAGAGGCAGAGGUAACUGAGAUCACUAAGGACAAGGAAGAAGAAGCCAAGCUCUCUGAGAUCUAUGAAGACAAGGAAUCAGACGCCGAGGUGACAGAGAUAACUAAAGACAUGGAAGCCAAAGUCAGUGAGAUCACGGAAGACCAAGAUCAAGAGGACGAACUAUCUGAAAGUCCUGAAGACAAAGGACACGAGGGGAAGGUAACUGAUAUCACUGAAUACAAGGAAUCAGAUCCCGAGGUUACUGAGGACAAAGAACAUGAGGCCGAGGUCACUGACAUCACUGAACACAAGGAACCAGAGGCAGAGGUUAAUGAAGACAAGAAACCAGAAGCCGAGUUGACUAAAAUCACUGAGGACAAGGAACAAGAGACCAAGGUAACUGAUGACACUAAAGAAAAGAAAUUAGAAGCCGAGGUGACUGAUAUAACUGAAGAUAUGAAAGCAGAGGCCAAAGUCACCGAGAUCACAGAAGGCAAGGACCCAGAACACGAGGUCAUUGAUAUCACUGAGGAAAAGAAACAAGAGGCAAAUGACAUCGAUAUCACUGAUGAUAAGAAAUUAGAAGAAGAGGUCAUUGAAGAGAAGGAAUCAGAGGCCAUUGAGGACAAGGAACAAGAGGCCAAGGUCACUGAAAUUAGUGAAGGUAUACAACAAGAGGCCGAGGCUAAUGAAGACAAGUUACCAGAGGCCGAGGUAACUGAAAUCCCUGAUGAGAAGGAACAUGAGGUGAAGUGCACUGAGAUCACUGAAGACCAAGAUCAAGAGGGCGAACUGACUGAAAUUCCCCAAGAAAAUGAACACGAGGCGAAGGUGACUGAGAUCAGUAAAGACACACAACAAGAGGCCGAGACUUGUGAAGACAAGGAUCCAGAGGCCGCGGUUACUGACAUCACAAAACACAAGGAACAAGAGGCCAAGCUUACUGCGAUCAGUGAAGACAAAAAACAAGAGGCAUUGACUACUGAAUACAAUGAGCCAGAGACCGAAGUCAUUGAGAUCUGUGAGAACAAGGAACAAGAGGCCAAGGUCACUGCGAUCACUGACGAUAAUGAAUCAGAGACUGAGAUCACUGAGAUAUAUGAAGACAUUGAAGAAGUAACAAAGGUCAAUGAGAUCACUAAAGACGAGAUACCAGAAUCCGAGGUCACCGAGUUAACUGAAGACAGGGAACCAGAGGCGAAGGUCACUGAGAUAACUCACAAAAUAGAACAAGAGGUAGAGGUCGCUGAGAUCAUGGAAUACAAGCAAUCAGAAUCCGACAUCAUUGAGAUCACUGAAGACAAUGAAAAAGAGGACAAGAUCACUGAGAUCAUUGAAGAGAAAAGACCAGAGGUCACUGAAAACAAGGAAGUAGAGAACGAGGUCACUGCGCUCAUGGAGGACGUGAAACAAGAGGCCAAGGUCACUGAGAUUUGUGAAGACAAAGAACAGGAGGCCUUAAAUACUAAAUGCAAGGAACUAGAGGCCGAGAUCACUAAGAACACUGAGAAAGAGAAACAAGAGGUCAACGUUACGGAGAUCACUGAAGACCAAGAACAAGCGGGCGAUCUGAUUGAGAUCUUUGACGAUAAUGAAGAAGAGGCGAAUGUUACAGUGAUCACUGACGACCAGGAACCGAAGGCCGUGGUGACUGAGAUAACUGAAGACCAACAACCAAAGGGUGAACAGACUGCGAUCCCUGAAUACAAUAAAAAAGAAGCAAAAUUCACUGAGAUCACUGAAGAACUAGAACAAGAGUCUUUGGUCAUUCAGGAAAAGAAACAAGAGUCAAUAGUUGCUGGGGACAGGGGACAAGAGGCCGAGGUCACUCAGAUUUGUGAAGACAUAGAACAAGAGUCCGAAACUACUGAAUCCAAGAAACCGAAGGUCGAGGUCACUGACAUCACCGAGGACUAUGAACGAACGUCCAAUGUCACUGAGAUCACUGAAGACCAAGAACAAGACGGCGAACAAACUGAGAUCCCUGAAGACAAUGAACAAGAGGCGAAGGUCACUAAGAUCACAAAAGAAAUAGAACAAGAUUCCUUAGUCACUGAAGUUAAGAAACCAAAGUCAAUGGCCACUGAAGAUAGGGAACCAGACGUUGAGAUCACUGAGAUCACAAUGAAAGGGGAAAAAGAGGUCGAGGUCUCUAAAAUCACUGAAGGCCAAGAACAGCAGGUAGGACUGACUGACACAUUAGAAGACAAUAAACAAGAAGCUGUUGUAACUGUGAUCAACGAUAACAAGGAACUGGAAGCCGGGGUAACUGAGAUCACUGACAACAAGAAACAAGAGACCAAGGUCCAUGUGAUCACUGAAAACAAUGAACAAGAGGCCGAAAUUACUAAAGACAAUGACCCAGAUGCCGAGAUUACUGAGAUUACUGAGGACAAGGAACAAGAAGCCAAGGUCACUAAGAUCAGUGAAGACCAACAACCAGAGGCCGAGGUGACUGAGAUCCCUGAAGGCAAUGAACAAAAGGCGAAGGUCACUGAGAUCUCUGAAGAAAUAGAACAAGAUAACUUGGUCACUGAAAACGAAAACCCAAAGUCAAUGGACACUGAAGACAGGGAACCAGGGUUUGACGUCACUGAGAUCCAAAAUGACAAAGAACAAGAAUCCUUGAAUACUGAAGACAAGGAGCUAGAGGCAGAGGUCACUGAGAUCACUAAAGUUAAGGAACCAGAAGCCGAUGUGACUGGGACAAUUAAAGACAAUGAUUCAAAUGCCGAGGUUAUUAAGAGCAUGGAGGAUAGAGAACAAGAUGCCGAUGCUACUGAAAACAUAAAAGACAAUGCUUCAGGGGUAAAGAGCACAGAGAUUGUAGAAGUGAAUAAACAGGAGACCGAUGUCACUGAGAUCACCGAAUACCAUGAAAAAGAGGCCGAGAUCACUGACGUCAUGGAACCAGAGACCGAAAUCACUGAAGACAGGGAACCAGAGGCCGAGGUCAAUGAAAUCUCUGAACACAAAAAAAUAGAGGCCGGGAUCACUGAGAUAACUGAAGACAUGGUAAAGGAGACAAAUGUCACUAAUAUCACUGAAGACAAGGAACCAGAAACCGAGGUCACUGGGAUCACUGAAGACAAUGAUCAUGAGGAAACGGUCACUGAAAUAACUGAAAACCAGGAACAAGAGAAAGGGGUCACUGAGAUCACUGAAGAAAACAAACAAGAGGUCAAGUUCACUGACAUACUUGAAAACAAUGAAUCAGAAGACGAGGUCACUGGGAUCAUUUUAGAGCAGGAACUAGAAGCCAGGCCCACCAAAGAAACGGAUUCAGAAGGCGUGGUUACUAAGAUGACUGAAAUCAAUAUACCAGAGACCGAUGUCACUGAGAUCACUGACGACAAGGAACAGCAGACCGAUGUCACUAAGAUUAUGGGAGACAAGGAACAAGAGGCCGAUGUUACUGAAGACAAGGAACCAAAUGUCCAGGUCAAUAAGGUCACUGUGAACAAUGAGCAAGAUGCCAAGGUCACUGGGAUCACUGAAGAGAAGAAAGAAGUGAACAUUGCUUCUAAAGGUAAGGAACCCGAGUCCGAAAUUACUGAGGACCAGGAAAAUGAAAAAAAUGUCACUGUAAAGAAGGAAAUGGAUACCACAUUCAGUGAAGACAAAGAACCCGAAAUCGCUGAGGACAAGAAUGUCGAAGCAAUUAUUACAGAAGAGAAACAACUAGAGGCCGAUAUAAUUGAAGACAAGAAUGUCGAAGCAAUUAUUACAGAAGAGAAACAACUGGAGGCCGAUAUAAUUGAAGACAAAACGGUCAGAGCAAUUUUGACUGAAGAGAAUGAACCCGACACCGAAGAAAUAACUAGUAGUGACGGAAAGGAAUCUUAUAUCACUCAGGACAAGGAUGUCAAAAUCAUGGUCGCUAAAGCGAAGGAAUCUGAAAACGAAAUCAGUGAAUACAAUGAGGUCGAAACCAUUGUAAAUGAAGAAAAUGAACCCCAAGCAGACAUCACUGGGGACAAUGAGGUCGAAGCCAUUGUGGUUGACGAAAACGAAUCCGAGCCCGUGAUCACAAAUUCCAAGGAGCUCCAAGUCAUUGUCACUGAAGAGAAUGAAGCCGAGGCUGAAAUGACUGAAGACAACGAGGUCACAGCCAUUGUGGCUGAAGAAAAAACAACCGAGGCGGAGAUCACGGAGGACAAGGAGCUCGAAGCCAUUGUCACUGAAGAGAAUGAAUCUGAGGCCGAAAUUAAUGAAGACAUGGAUGUUGAAACCAUUGUGACUAUAAAGAAGGAACCCGAGGACGAUAUCACUGAAGACACCGAUGACGAAACCCUUGUCAAAGACAACAAUGAAUCUGAAGCCGAAAUCACUGAAGACAAUAAGGUCGAUAUCGUUGUAACUGAAGAGAAAGAAAACGAAGCCAAGAUCACUAUUGGCAAGGUGCUCGAAACCAUUGUCACUGACGAGAUGAUACUAGGUACCGAAAUAAUCGAAGACAAGGAGGUCGAAGCCAUUGUGACUAAAGAGAAGGAACUCGAAGGCGACACCAGUGACGACAAAGAAGAGGAAGCUAUUGUCAUUGGUGAUAAAAACAUUGAGACUGAUGCCGCAUUCAAUAAGGAAGUCGAAGCGAUUAUCAAUGUAAAUAAUGAGUAUGUUGCUAAUGUAAUUGAAAGCAGAAAAGUUUCAAAGGGCGAUAAAGAUCUCGAGUCUGAAGCUGCUCCCGAUACUAAUGUCAAAGCCAUUGUCGCUGUCGAUAAGGAACAUGCCGACAUCUGUAAAGACAAGCAAUCUGAAGCCACGAUCACUGAAGACAAAGAAACGGAGGCCGUACUCACUUACGAAAAUGAGAUCAGAGUUAUUGUUACUAGCGAGAAGGAAGCGGAGGCAGAGCUCAACGAAAUCCUGUAUAGUGAUGGCGAUAACGACACAUACGCGGAUACGUUUGAAUCUUUAUCCGAAAACACGUCGACACAGCAAAUUACGAAUACCAAGAACACUAAAAUCACAUACGAAGACACCGAUGGUAAAUACAACUUUGGCAAGGAAGUCGAUGUUAUAAUUUCUCAAGAAAAUAAUAACAAGGUCGCAGAAGAGAGACAAACUGACCAAGAUUUUUCGGAAGACAACAAAACUGAUGCCGACAUGAGAAUAGAGAAAGUGACAGAAAACGAGUUUACUGAUGACAAUAAUAUCGAACAAGGUUUUAUUGAUCAAUUUGAACAAAUAAUAUUUGAGAUUGAAAAUGAGGAACACAUAGAUCAUGUGGAUAAAAUAAAAGAAAACGAACAAUCAAAGCGCACCUCUGACGAAGAGAAUACCCUCAUUACAAUGGAACAUGAUAUCACAGAAUAUAGUCAAGUAGAUAUUUCUGAAAACGAAUACAUUUCAAAUGGAGAAAAAUCACAAAAGUCUGACAAAUCAGAUGACAAAGAACCAAAACUGGAUAUCAUAAAAGAUAAAGAACCAAAACGUAUCACAGAUUGUGAUACAGAAGUCACCAAAGACAAAGAAGGUAUGGAAAACAAAGAAUCAACACCUAAUAUAAUCGCAGUUUAUAAUGGGAAAGCAUCUGAAACCGACAUUACCGAUAACAACACACAUGAGGUAGACUUUACACAAGUCGGUACUCCGGAAGAUCAGAACAACUGUUUCGAACCUGUGAACACAGCAGAAAAACUAUCCGAGAUCCAAAUGGAAGGCAACAUAGUAGAACUCAACGAAUCAGAACACAAAAUUGAUGAGCUAAAUGUCACUGAAUUGACAGAAACCGAAGUCAUGAAGAUCGAAGAGGCUCACCAAAUUGCCAAAGAAUUAGUUGAGAAAAUAUUCCAAGAACUCCUAGAACAAAAUCAUGUAGAUUUAGAUGACAUAGAAACAGAAACCAGUUUCACUGUAGAAAAAGAGCCCGCAGAUACUAUCAAAGGAGACGAUAAGCCAAAACCACUUAGCGGAAAUGUAACCGGAUCCAAUGUCUCAAUUGACAAUAUGCCAAAAGAUGAUGUUUCAGAGGACAAAAACAUCUAUCCAGAAAUUAUAGAGACCAAAGCGUCAGAUUCGGAAGAUGUAGAUAUCAGAAGGCUGGAAAAUGACAUAGACGAUCAUGUCUCUAAAAUGUCCACGCUGUCAGAUAUAACGUCAAAGGAGCUGUAUUCUUACGAGGAAACCCCACUGUCCGCGAGGUCAACAAAUAGUGAUGACGUCACUGACACAUACACCGAUACUUUUGAGUCAUUGUCGGAAAACCUAUCUUCACAGCAAGGCACAGACACGAAAGUAAUGAAGACAUCAAACGAAGCCAUGCUUACCGGGAAGUCUUUACUUAGCUCCGAGUUGCUUUUCAGGAACCAGAAGAAAUCUUCAUUGUCCGAUUUUGAAGACCUACCGCUUGAAUAA